AUGAGCUGGGAUAACGAAAGUGUUAUAAAACUUAUCGAUGCCUAUAAAAGAAAAGAGCUGUUAUGGGAUCCCAAGCAGAAGAAUUACUUCAACAAACUGUUGAAAAAAGACGCUUGGGAUGAACUGGAGGUAGAGUUACAACGUCCUUUGGAACAAAUUAAAAAGAAGAUGGAUUACUUGUUGGCGGCCCUUCGGCGAGAAAAACAAAAAAUUACAAAAACAAAAACUACGGGUCAAGGUUCUGAUGAAGUGUACCGAUCAUCCUGGUUUGCUUACCCACAUAUGUUGUUUCUUCUCGACAGAAACAAGCCACGAGACAGAAUUAAUACCGUAAGUAUAGCUUUAACUUACUAG